AGCAAACCUGGGGAGCGGCGCAGCGGCAGGAGCCCCUGGUUGCCCAGACUAAGGUAAUCAGUAUAUAUUUAUAGAGGACACCUUAUGAAUUAUUUAACUCCUCAACCCGGGGAGCGACCCGUGAGGUGAGGCGCGCGCCUGACCGGCUCCUACAGCACCUCGCUCGUCCGCCCUCGCCGCACCCGCGCCGCGGAGCCCACGGAACCUCGCAGCCCAAUGUCGGCGACGACGAGCACAGGGUCCCACAGCGCCUAGGGUUUUGCUUGUUUGUUUUUAACAGAUGCCUAUGACAUGCAACGGGCUGCCUGGUAAAACGAGUCCAUGGAAACUGUUGCCAGAGUCGGCAAACUGCUGCUCCCGGAAGUCCUUUGACGCUGAGGUAACAAUGAAGGGACUGGACCAAUGCGGUGCCCCUUCCGUUUUUGUUUGGACUCGCCUAGUUCUUCUUUAACAAGGUUACCUUUGACCCCGGAAGUGAGGUCUUCCGGGUUCCUCCCUCCCCCAACAUGGCAGCUGCUGAAGACGAGUUACAGCUGCCGCGGCUCCCCGAGCUGUUCGAAACCGGCAAACAGCUUCUGGAGGAAGUAGAAGUAACGGCUGAACCCACUGGUUCCCGGAUAGUCCAGAGCAAGGUGUUCAAGGGACUAGACCUCCUUGAGAAGGCUGCCGAAAUGUUAUCGCAGCUGGACUUGUUCAGCCGAAAUGAAGAUUUGGAGGAGAUUGCUUCCACCGACCUGAAGUACCUGAUGGUGCCAGCAUUUCAAGGAGCCCUCACCAUGAAACAAGUCAACCCCGGCAAGCGUCUAGAUCAUUUACAGCAGGCUCGAGAACACUUUAUAAACUACUUAACUCAGUGUCAUUACUAUCAUGUGGCGGAGUUUGAGCUGCCCAAAACCAGGAACAACUCCGCUGAAAAUAACACUGCUAGUUCCUCCAUGGCCUAUCCUAGCCUCGUUUCUAUGGCGUCUCAAAGACAGGCUAAAAUAGAGAGAUACAAGCAGAAGAAAGAUUUGGAGCAUAGGUUGUCUGCACUGAAAUCUGCUGUGGAAAGUGGUCAAGCAGAUGAUGAGCGUGUUCGUGAAUAUUAUCUCCUUCACCUUCAGAGGUGGAUUAGUAUCAGCUUAGAAGAGAUUGAAAGCAUCGACCAGGAGAUGAAGAUCCUAAGAGAAAAAGACUCUUCAAGAGAGGCAUCAACUUCUCACUUAUCCCGUCAAGAGAGGCCACCAAUGAAACCCUUCAUUCUCACACGGGACAAGGCUCAAGCCAAAGUAUUUGGAGCUGGUUAUCCAAGUCUGGCAUCUAUGACAGUGAGUGACUGGUAUGAUCAGCAUCGGAAAUAUGGAGCAUUACCAGAUCAGGGAAUAGCCAAGGCAACAACAGAACAAUUUCAAAAAAGCAGCUCAGCAACAGGAAGAUCAAGAACAAAAGGAAGAAGAGGAUGAUGAGCAAGCACUCCACAGAGCUCGGGAGUGGGAUGAUUGGAAGGACACCCAUCCUCGGGGAUAUGGCAACAGACAGAACAUGGGCUAAUCGUCCCGUUAUACAGCAGGACUACAGGGUGCACGCCUUCCCUGCCAAGGAAAACCAUGCAGUCUUCCCCUCCCUGGACUCCUGCCUUAGCUAUGUAUGAUGAAGGCAAAGAUGUUAAAUCAUGCUUUGCGCUCAAUCAAGUGUCAAAUGAUUAAGUGUGUAUUUGUACCCUAGAUGAUAAGCCAGUAAUCUUGUUUUGGCAUUAUCAUCCUCAUCAUGGUGUAUUCUAAUUUCUUAAGUGGAAAGAAAAGAACACUGAGACAUGGCUCUGUAUAAUUAAUGACUGUAUGAAUUCUCUUUAAAAAAUAAUAAAAGCCCCUUCUAUUACAUGAGCCUGUGCAAGAAA